AUGCUGGUCUCCGUAGACACUACGUAUGGCUCAACGUUCGACAUCGAGCUGAACCUCAACGAUAAAGUGUUAGACAUCAAAAACAAGAUCGAGAACUCUCAAGGCAUCCCUGUUUCCAUGCAAACCCUUACCCACAACGGCGAGCCUCUUCUUAACGAUGAUCUUGAUCUCAAUACACGUAACAUCGUCGCAAACUCUCGCCUCCUUCUCCUUCUCGACUUCCCUUAUGAAGAAGACGACAACCAAGUGCUUCAGCCACAGCCAACAGAGCAAUCUCUAGCUCCCGUUCAAGAUUCGCUCGGACAGUUUCAAGAUUGGUCUGCGAUGGCGAGGAACAUCUUCCGUGAGAUGCUUGAUCAACCGGAGCAAUCUCUGGGACGGUCUGCGAUGAUGGCGAGACAAGAUUUGGUGCAAAGUGAGCCGUCAAACACAUUUGGAGAGGAUCCUCCUUUGCCAACAGAAGGUUUCAGUAACGUGUUUCACACGGUACAGUCUACAAUACCCUCAAACACAUUUGGAGACUUAUUGUUUGGUGAGGAUCCUCCUUUGCCAACCGAAGGUUUCAGUAACUUGCUUCACACGGAACAGUCUACAAUACCCUCAAACACAUUUGGAGAAGAUCUUCUUUUGCCAACAGAAGGUUUCAGUAACGUGAUUCACACGGAACAGUCUGCAAUACCCUCAAACACAUUUGGAGAGUCAUUGUUUGGUGAGGAUCCUCCUUUGCCAACAGAAGGUUUCGGUAACGUGCUUCACACGGAACAGUCUACAAUACCCUCAAACACAUUUGGAGAAGAUCUUCCUUUGCCAACAGAAGGUUUCAGUAACGUGUUUCACACGGAAAAGUCUGCAAUACCCUCAAACACAUUUGGAGACUUAUUGUUUGGUGAGGAUCCUCCUUUGCCAACAGAAGGUUUCAGUAACGUGCUUCACACGGAACAGUCUACAUUACCGUCAAACACAUUUGGAGACACAUUCUUCGGCGAGGACCCUCCUUUGUCAACUGAAGAUUUCGCUAACAUUAAAAGUUUCAUGUCCGAGGGCACAACAGAAGAUACCUUGAUCAACACGCAACAAGCGUCUCAUACGGAGCAGCCUGGUAGGGUUUUAAGCAGCAGUCAAGUGGUUCAAACAGAGAAGCCUCCGCCGAUGAAAGAGGUCAUUAACGUUACAGAUUCGCCUGUGAAGAAAGUGAGGAAGUUCAGAAAGCCACCGCAGAGACUGAGAGUAAUGGUGUUGCCACAUUCACCUGAUAACGAGCCUGUGAGUAAGGUUCCGGUGAGUGUGAUGGCUAAUGAGAACGUUGAGGAGAUAAGGAAAGAGCUGGAGAAGCUUCGAGAGAGGAAUGAGUUAAAGCUACCUCAAGAAGGGUACUUCUUUAUACACAAACAGAACGUGUUGGACGAUGAUCAGACAUUCUUGUGGAACGGUGUAGCUCACGGUGACACGAUUGAGGUUUUCCCAGGAUAUGUUACCAAAGACGGACGAGUGAAUCAAAGAUAUCGUCGUUAACUCUCUGUGCAAGUCUCCUCUUUCCCCUUAUAGCUUUUGCUUUGUUCAAAGUUUACUCUUCUCUUUUUUUUUUGUUUCACAUCUUUGUGCAAAUAUGCUAAAAAAAAGACAUGUAAUUAUCUAUAUGAGCUGAAAGAAGAGAGACUUGAUGUUGUUUUUGAACACUUAAAGUUCUCUGUUUGGUCUAGAUGACAUCUCUUCGAGACGAUCUUGAUGUCAAACAGUGUCGUAACGUCCUCCACAAGUAUCACCUGACCAUAAUAGCCCUAAUCACAGCAAAUAUCAAGUGCUUCAUCAAGCUGAGAAAUCUCUAUUACUGUCAAAUUCAGUAAAGAUCAAUGGUCCUUUAAGUUAAGCUCUACUUUCUGAAAUCUCCUGAACAUUUAUAGUUUUCAGUUUUCUCUUGAAGUUUAUUGCAUUCUUCAAAUUAAAACCAAAUAUCACAGUGAAUAACCCACUGCACACUAAUACCGUGUGUAUGAAGUUACAAACAAAAACUUUAAAAAACUUUCAUAUAUUCUCAUCAAUAAUGCUCAUGAGUUGUUCACCAAACUACUACACACAUAUAAUAUCACCACGAUCAUUUUCAAUCAAGCCUAUAUCAAAGGUCUCCAAGUCUGCUUCAAGAGGGGUAUCUCUUUACAUAUAAAAAAAAAAGAGAAUGUAAUGGAUUAUGACCAGUCAUUCCGUGUGGCACCAUGUUGAUAAACGUCGAUAAAAUUUGAUAAUCUUCAAUGGAAGUGUUUCAGGCGCUGUUUAAUAGCCACAAAAAUUGGAUUCAAAAACGUUAUGUAUAUUUAUAUAAAGAACAAAAAAUAUGAGACAUUGUUCAAACCUGAUAAAAAAAAUUGAUCGAGAUUAGUCUCCAAGAAGAUAAAUCACCGUUCCUUC